GGGAGGAGACUCGCAACCCUCAGCGGGCCAUCCCGAUAGGAAUCAUCGUCUCCCUUAUCAUCAUCUUUUUCUCGUACUUCAGUGUGUCGGCGGUGAUCACCCUGAUGUGCCCAUACUACCUGCUGGACACAGACGCGCCGCUGCCCACCGUGUUCGAAUACGUGGGCUGGGGCCUGGCGCGCUACAUCAUCACUGCUGGGGCCGUGUGUGGUCUCUCUACCAGCCUUCUCGGUGGCAUGUUCCCGCUACCCAGAAUCCUCUACGCCAUGGGCUCUGACGGGCUUAUCUUCCGCUUCAUGGGCAAAGUCUCGGACCGGUUCAAGACCCCUGUUAUUGGCACAAUCAUCUCUGGAAUUUUUGCUGGCACUAUGGCCAUGAUGUUUAACCUGAAGGAGCUGGUAGACAUGAUGUCCAUCGGGACCCUGCUCGCCUACACGCUGGUGGCUAUCUCUGUGCUCAUACUCAGGUGUUUGUGUCACUGGCUUCUCGGCCUUCACCAUCUUUGCCUCCGACGACCUCGGGGAGGUCAAGACGUGGGCGAUUGCCGUGGCGGUCGCCCUGGGUCUCAUGAUGUGUUUCUGCGUGGCCGUCAUCUUCCUCCAGCCUCAGAGUUCUGCUUCCCUGGCCUUCAAGGUCCCACUGGUUCCCUUCCUGCCAGCCAUCAGCGCCCUGGUCAACAUCUACCUUAUGCUCAAACUUUCGCUGAUGACCUGGUUGAGGUUCGGUAUCUGGAUGCUCAUAGGAUUUUCAAUCUACUUUUUUUACGGAGUGUCCAACUCGUCAGAAGGCAAAGUGUCUGCUUCGUCAUCGUCGGCCAUGUUGUUUCGCAAAAGUUCAGAGGCUGACAGCGACUCCACGACAACCACGACAACUUCCUUUUCAGAGGAUGCCCUUCUCGUGAAGAAUGAGACGUUACCCAAGUAUAGCUCCUAGACAGAGGUCAAAGUGUAUAUGUAUUCAAGUGACGUACAGGGUACACACCGCGGGCUGAGGACGCGGGUUGCCGUGCCAUGCCAUAUUUUCCUGAAGUGCUGGAGAAAUGUGGAUGUGGAUGUGGAUGUGGAUGUUCCAUGCUGUGUUAAUACUCCUAAAACUGGGAACCAAGGUCAUGGGAGAUAUCGUGUGUUGUUUAGCUCGACACUAACAACCCAGAAAGUUCUGGAAAUUGUUUUCAAUUAACUGUUCGUGGGGUUUUAUGCACCCCGCAUAAUUUAACAAAAUUUGAUCUUUCUUGCUUAAUUUUUGAUUAUU